AUGUUGGGAGUGUGCGCCAGUGGCCUCCUCAUCUACAGAGACAGACUGAGAAUCAACCGUUUUGCGUGGCCCAAGAUCCUCAAAAUCUCCUACAAGAGGAACAACUUCUACAUCAAAAUCAGACCAGGAGAGUUUGAGCAGUUCGAAAGCACCAUCGGAUUCAAGCUCCCAAAUCACAGAGCAGCUAAGAGACUAUGGAAAGUCUGCGUGGAGCAUCAUACAUUCUUCAGACUGGUGUCUCCUGAAGCUCCUCCAAAGAAGUUCAUGAGUCUGGGCUCAAAGUUCCGCUACAGCGGCAGGACCCAGGCGCAGACGAGACGAGCCAGUUCUCAGAUCAUCAGACCUGCUCCGCUCUUUGAGAGAUCCUCCAGCAAGAGAUACAACAUGUCCCGCAGCCUGGACGGAGCUCCCAUCUCAGAGAAUCACGAAUCUCUGAUGAAAGAUGGCAGUGCUGGAGUUGUAGUUAAGGGCGACAGUAUCAUCACCACAGUAACCUCAGAGAAGGACGAAGAGCGGUCCGAGCAGGAAGACCAGGUCCAGACCAAAGUCCAGACCACCGAGGCCUCGGAGGCAGCGACAGUCCGGCCUGACACAAAGUCGGAGGUGGAUGAGGACUCUGAGAUGCGUACACAGUACAGUUUCAUAAGACGCGUAAAAGGAGAGAACGUUUUUAUCAGACACAGCAAUCUGAUGCUGGAGGACAGCUCCACCCCCGCAGAGGUGGUGAAGCAUCAGACCAACAUCAGCGAACUGAAAAGAUCCUUCCUGGAGACGGGCGCCACCUCCCCGGGCCUGAGCGAGUGGGACCGACGCCUCACUUCCUCCCCCAAACCUGAAGAAGCGCCCAUGAUAGAACCACUGGAGCUGCAGGAUACUCCGGAUGAGCUGACAAAGGAGGAACCCAAAACCAUUGAGUCCACUCUGGGAAUCCUCUCUUCUUCAAAGACGUCACCGGUUGUAGAAGACAAGACCGAAGUAGCAACAGAGGCAAAACCAGAUCAAGCCGAACCCACAAGUCCAACGACUGUUGAAAACGGUACGAGCACCAAAGAGAUGCCUCCUGUGGUCCACACAGAGACAAAAACCAUCACCUACGAGUCUGGGGAGGCGGAGACGAAUGGUGACGCGGAGCCUGGAGUGUUGCUGAGUGCUCAGACCAUCACCUCAGAGAGCACAGGCACCACCACGACCACUCACAUCACCAAGACUGUGAAAGGAGGAGUCUCAGAGACAAGAAUCGAAAAGAGAAUCGUGAUCACGGGAGACACCGACAUUGACCAUGACGAGGCCCUGGCCCAAGCCAUAAAGGAGGCCAAAGAGCAGCACCCAGACAUGACGGGGAGGACUGACCCAGGAGUGACGGCGGCCUCUGCCCUCAGUCCAACUUCUCAACUCGCAAACCUCCAAAUUAAAGCUAAUUGCGCACAGCUGGCUGGAGUCGGACACCAGAACGUCUCUGCAGCGCACACCGACUCACCUCCGCUCUCCCGUACCAGCCUUUUGCAUGAGAAAGGUUCGACUUGA